AUGAGUAGCAGCUUGACCGUGGUUGGAGGUGUCGCGGUGCUCGUCCUCAGCGUCGCCCUCGCCGGCUCGGCCCUGGCCUGUUUUAGAAACGGCCGUGUUUUUUCCCCAUCCCGUCGUCGGACGCUGCCCACGACAUCCACCACCACCACCACCACCUCGGACGGCUCUUGGUUCUUCUUCUCCCGCCGCCGCCCCCGCAACCGCGCGUUCUGGCCGGAGCGGCUGGCCACCGCCGCCACCGCCACCAGCACCACUCGGAGCAACAGCAAAAAGUACAACAACAGCAGCAGCCCCUACAACUUCGCGGCGGACUCGUGGCGCGGCCUCGACAGUGCGCCGGACCUGCGCGCGGCCUUGGAACUGCAGCAGCAGCGCGAGAGCGGACGGACUCUCGACAACACGGCGGCGGCGGCGGUGGCGCGGGGGGACGAGGAGCAGCAAGAAGGCGACGACGAGCAACCUGACGUGGAGCUUCACCGACGUGACGACGCGGACGGCGGCGGAGCAGGGGUCGCGCUCACCGACGGUAGCAGCAGAAGCAGUGGUGCCCCGCAGCCCCAGCCCCUGCAGAUUGUCAAGCGGCGCGAGAGCGUGCUCGGUGGUGGCUCCUCGAGGUCCGGCAGCGGCGGCACCGACUCGAGCGGCGGCCGCAGCGCUCCUGAGCCCCCCGGCGGCGGCGAUGACGACGCGCCGCUGACGGUACGCAAGCGGAGGCCCAACGCCGGUGGGGUCGGGGUCGGGGUGAGGAAGCCGCGCCUGUCGGGCAGCUGGACCUGGGGAGGAGGCCUGGCGGGAGUUCGGCUGGGGCGCGAUGAUGGCGACGACGCCGACGAUGCCGAUGGUGCCCAUCAGCGCCGCGGCAGCCUCGGGCUCGCCACGCCGCGGCCGCUGGCAGGCCUCACGCCGCCGCCGGGUAUGACGGCGCGACGACGUAGCACCAGGACCCCGUCUCUCGAAUCCCUCGACAUGACCCGACGGUUCCCGCAGCCGCCACCGUCGUCGACGGUCUUUGAUAUCGGCGGCGGCGGCGACCCCUACGCCCGCGCCACGACCUGCCUGCCGUUUUUGGACCACCGCCACAACAACAACAACAACAACAACAACAACAACAACAACAACAACAACAACAACAACAUCAACAAUAAUAGCCGACAACACUACCGACAGAACUACAGCCCACCACCCCCUGCCCCCGUGGCGGAACCGUUGGUCCUCGUGCCCUGCGUCACGGUCACGCCCGACUGCAGGGGCGUGGAUGCGGGCAGCGCGCGCAGCUUCUGGGCAGCUGUGCAGGUGACGACGUGGCUCUCGCGGCCCGAGGCCGGUGGCGGCGGCCGGUUCGGGGACGCCUGGGGCGCCGGGCAGGGACGGGCGCUUAGGGCUGUAGGCCAGGACGAGCUGGGACUUUAUCAAUUCGGAUACAUCUAUGACGUUAAGCUCGAGGUGCUCCCGGUGCACGGCAACUCUGACGUGCUCGAGAUAUUGGUCGAUGAGGCAGCCCCGGCCAUCCUCGAACCGGGCGCUCGGCUCCUGGCGCUCGCCCAUAUACAACUAGAGCCGACUGACGCAACAGUAGAAUCGCCCGGCCGCGAGCCAGGGCAGAGGCACGACUCGGACGAGCUGAUGAGGGACCUCGAGCUCCAGCUGGGCACGACGCGGACCGACUACCUGCGCGUGUGCCUGACGUACCGCCACUCGGGCUUCCCGCACCAGAAGCGAGCCCAAGCAGGUUCCGCGGCGCAGAGGUAUAAACAGCAGCACCAGGCGCAGGCGCCGGCGCCGGCGGGCGACACGCCGUCGCCGUCAUCGUCGGCAUCGGCCACGGUGGCGGUCACGCACCGGAUCGAGACCGAGGUCACGGCCACCAUCGAGCGGCGCAACUCGGGGUCCCUGUGGUCCCCGACGCCGGCCGCGGCGCCAAACCCGCUGCUGCAGGUGGUGGCGUCGUGCUGGGGGGUCAGGGCGGCCCGCGACGUGAUGCGACGCAUAUCCGCUAGGGCCGCCGCGGCCGAGGGUUUGGACAAGGCGGAAACACCCGAAUCACCCGCCACGGCGGCACCGCAGUCAUCACACCGGCGGCCGCCGUCUCGCCUACCGUGCGCUUUCCCUCCGGUCAGCUCCGGCCGCCAACAGCAGCAACAGCCGACGGUACACGUGCCGGCCAGGCGCGCCAGCCUGCGACGAGACAGUGUUGCCGAGCAGCGCGCCGCCGCCACCACCGCCGCCGCCGCCGCCGAUGCGGGCCGCACGGUCGAGACGGGGACACCCGAUCCGGCGCACAGGAUCUGGGGCCAGAUCCGGCGCGCGUCGUCGCAUCUACCCAAGCCGUCGCCACAGCCGACGCCGCCUUGGACGAGCGGGACGGUCGGGAGGCGUCUGGCCCCCGGCGGGCUGGUGGCCAGCCGCGUCGAGGGGCUGCAGCAGCAGGCCCAGGCCCAGGCCCAGGCGCAAGCACAGAUGCGACCGCAGACGAGAGCAUCGGCAGAGCCGCUAGCCAGCACCGGCGUCUGGCCCCCGCUGGCGUCGGCUGGCAACAACCGCGGCAGGGAGACGGUGAGGCGGCGCGAGGCGCUGUUGGAGACGGCCGUGCGGAACCGAAGGUCGCUUGGCGUGGACACGCUGAGGAGCCUGGUCCCGAGCGAGACGGAUGGGGCUCCUGGAGGCGUCGAGUUUGGCAUACGCCGGCACCACCAACAGCAGCAGCAGCAGCAGCGUGACGUCGUCCGGCGUGGCAGUGGCAAGGCGAAGAGGGAGUCUGGUGGGAGGUGGGGUUGGUCUGGGUGGUGGUGAUGAUGAUGUGUCGCGCGCGUUAUUAGUCAUGGGCGUUUUUUUGAGAUAGCAGAGAGAAACAUUUAUCAUGGGUCAUGGGGGUUAAAAAUCACAAAAGAACAAGGAUAGAUAAUCAAGUCUUCGUUUCUG